AUGGCCGCUGCUACUCGCUCCGUCCGCAUGGCUUCGCGCCUUGGCUCCCUCCCCCGUCCUUCGGCUCUCUUUGCCCAAAAGGCCUCGGUCACCCAGCGUGCCGCCUUCUCGGUCUCCAUCCGCAACCUCAAGUCCGAGGUCGUCAAGGAGAUGGAGGUCCCGGUCACCAUCUACUCUUCCGACUCCAAGGGCGCCUCCUCCGCCAAUACUGGCGAUCAUUUCAGCAUUCCUGUAAAGCCUCGCCAGCAGGUCGAGGAGAGCGAACCUGAUGAGUUUGUUAAGCCCUUGGAGGACAAGGUCUACCGUCAGAUGCCCCGCACUCUUCAGAAGAUGAGCGUCAUGGGCAAGGUCAUCAUCAUCACUGGUGGUGCCCGUGGUCUCGGUAACUACAUGGCUCGCGCUUGCGCUGAGGCUGGUGCCAAGGCCAUUGCUAUCUUCGAUGCCAACCAGGAGCUCGGAGACGAGUCUGCUGCCGAGCUUCAUCAGAAGACUGGCCUUCCCGUCUCAUUCUUCAAGGUGGACGUUCGUGAUGGCAACGCCAUCAAUGCUGCCGUCCAGAACGUCGUUGACCUCUAUGGCGCUCCGGACGUUCUCGUCAACUCGGCCGGUAUCGCCGACUCGAACAUCCCCGCUGAAAAGUACGAUGCCGCUAUGUUCCGCCGUCUCAUCGACAUCAACCUCAACGGUUCUUUCCUCAUGUCCCAGGCUGUUGGCCGCGCUAUGAUGGACGCUGGAAAGCCCGGCUCCAUCAUUCUCGUUGCCUCCAUGUCUGGCACCAUUGUCAACUACCCCCAGGAGCAAUCCUGCUACAAUGCCUCCAAGGCCGGUGUCAUCCAGCUCGGCAAGUCUCUCGCUGCCGAGUGGGCCAAGUACAACAUCCGCGUGAACUGCAUUUCCCCCGGUUACAUGGAUACCGCUCUUAACAAGGUCCCCGCCCUUGAUGCCCAGAAGAAGAUCUGGAAAUCGCUCACUCCCCAGGAGCGUCUGGGUGCCGUCGAUGACCUUAACGGUCUCUGCGUCUUCCUUGCUUCUGACGCCUCUAGCUUCAUGACUGGUUCCAACGUCAUCAUCGACGGUGGUUACACCCUUUACUAA